AUGCCACGCUUGGUUUUCUGGGCGUUGGCCCUGCUAGUGGCCGGCGGGGCUGCGGAUCCCGUUGAGCCGAAUGUCAUUCCACCGAAAAUAGCGGAUUCGGUGUUUUUAAAGAAACAAGUUCAUCUCUUGACUUUAUACUUUCACGUGAACGAACCUCUUCAAGACCCGCAGUUAAAGGCCAUCGCUGACUCAUGGGAUCUUGAGAGAAACAUCGAGAAAUACAGUAAUGUUACUGCCGUAAGAAUCUUCACUAGUCUCAGGAACUAUGGCAUGCUCCUGCCUCGUUCUGUUCCCUUCUUGAUCUUGGAACCGACUCACCAAUUUGAGGCUGUUACAUUAUUCAACGUCUUCCAAUCAGCUAAAGAUUAUGACACUUUCUACAGAACGGCUGUACAUCUACGUGACGUGGUUAAUGAGGGGCUAUUCGUAUACGUUUUAGCAGUCUCUACAGUUCACCAUCCCGAAACGCAGGGUAUUAUCGUACCACCCUUGUAUGAUGUGUUCCCGUCAUAUUAUCACAACGGGGAAAUCAUGAACAUAGCUCGCAGAGUUAACAUUCACGGCAAGCGUUUGACUGAAUACUAUCCACAAACAUUCUUAUGGGAUGACAAUGUGGUCAUCAGGUGGAAUACUACAAUCUGGCCCUAUCUAGAGAACAGUGACAUCGUCACAUCUUACUUCUCACAGGAUUACGCUUUGAAUACCCUGUAUUAUAACAAUCACGUGACGUACCCAUUCUGGUUGAGUGGAAAGAAUGGACCACUCAGAAAAUAUAAACGUGGGGAAUAUCUGUGGUACUUCCAUAAACAGUUAUUGACCCGCUACUAUAUGGAACGUCUUUCAAAUGGUCUGAGUGAAGUUCCCGAACUUGGUUUUGAUGUUGUUGAAGAUGGCUUCACGAGCGGCCUUGUAUAUGAAAACGGUAUACCUUAUCCUACGAGACCUAACAACCUUCACGUAAAUCAUCCCGUAUAUUUGGACAUCGUUGACCAAAUAAAAACAUACAUUCGUCGUAUUAAAGAUGCUAUUGAUUUGGGUUACGUAGUAUCGAGCACGGGAGAGCAUAUUAAUUUGAGGACACCUGAUGCUAUAAAUGUUAUCGGAAAUAUUAUAGAGGGAAAUGUGGAUUCCCCGAACUUGAACUUCUAUGGCAGCCUUAUCAAUUCCUGGAAACUUCUCCUUGGAAACGCAAUAACUAACGGAAAUAUGUAUUCAAAGCAACAUGUGCCUCUCGUCGUGCCUUCAGCGUUAGAGAACUAUCAAACAAGUAUGUGGGAUCCAGCAUUCUACAUGAUUUGGAAGCAAGCCUUCAAACUAUUCUCCUUAUGGUCAUCGUACUUGCCAGAAUAUACUCACGAAGAAUUAGCUCUGCCAACAGUUAACAUCAAGAAAGUGGAAGUCGAUAAACUAGUCACUUACUUCGAGUACAAGUAUUUAAAUGUUACCAACGCUCUGUGUUUGAACUCAGAAGAGAGUAAAGUUGUGGCUGAUGAUGUCAGUGUCUUAGUCCAGAGACCUCAACUGACCAAUAAGGUAUUCACUGUUCGGGUGAACGUGAAGAGUGAUGUUGCUAAGAAGGUGGUAGUCAGAUUCUUCUUAGCUCCUAAAUACGAUAGCAAUGGGUACGAGAUUCCAUUACAUCUUAACACUGAGAACAUCUUCCAAUUGGAUCAGUUUGUGUACCAAUUACCGGUUGGUGAGCAUGUAAUCAAACGGGAAUCAACUAGUAACAUAUAUACAAUCGACCAAUGGUACUCCAGUUAUGAAGUCUACCAAAAGGCUCUGGACGCAUUGAACGGAAAGGGACAGUUUGUUGUUGAUGGCAAACAGUUCUUCGAUGGAUACCCUCGCAGAAUGAUGUUGCCUAAAGGUCGUGUUGGAGGCAUGCCCUUCCAACUCAUCGUCUUCAUCUCCGACUACAUCGCACCAGAAACUCCAUACGGCCAGGGUGUUAAUCCCGAAAGCACCUUCGGCAUUGGAACCGGCGCCCGUAGAAUGACUGCCUUCCCCCUGGACUAUCCCUUCGACAGACCACUACACCAGUACCAAGUUGAGAACCUAAGCAAUAUGUUAGUCCAAGACGUACUGAUUCACCAUAAACCAACUCCUGAAAUAUAUGCACAGUUACCGUUCGGUCUGGCAACCAUGAAGACUGUCUUGGUUCUAGCGAGUUUGGUGGCCCUGGCUUUGGCCGGGAGCAUUGUAGUUCCGCCUCAAGCACCCAACGUUUACAGAGAGAAGUCUGUCGACAAUGAGUUCGUUACGAAGCAGAUGGAAAUACUCAAGCUCAUGUACCACUCUGGUCAAAUAAACCCCGAGGCUGAGUACUACAAAAUUGGCAAGGACUACGACAUUGAAGCCAACAUCAACAACUACUCUAACCAAAAAGCUGUUGAGGAAUUCUUGGACUUAUGGAAAGUUGGAUUCCUUCCCAAGAGCAUUCCCUUCUCGAUCUUCAAUGAGAAAUCGAAACAAGAAGCCGUAGCUUUCUUCCACGUGCUUUACUACGCCAAGGACUUCGACACCUUCUACAAGACUGCCGCUUUCGCUCGCAUAUACUUGAACGAAGGCCAGUUCUUGUAUGCUUACUACAUUGCUGUGCUCCACCGUCCCGACACAAAGGGAAUUGUUCUCCCAGCUCCUUAUGAAGCCUACCCUGAACUCUUCACCAACGUUGAUGUUUGGUACAAAAUCAACCGCGUCAAAAUGGAACAAGGCGUGAGCGCUGUUGAAUUCGGAUCCGAAUACGGUGUUGUCCAAGAAAACGACAAAUACGUCUUCUACGCUAACUACUCUGACUACUUCACCUACCCUGGUGAAGAACACAAGAUUUCGUACUUCACUGAAGAUAUUGGUCUUAACGCUUACUACUACUACUUCCACGCUUUCUUCCCAUUCUGGUUGGAGAGCGACGUACAGCCCGUCCUGAAGGAACACCGUGGCGAGAUCUACUACUAUUUCUACCAACAACUCUUGGCUCGCUACUACCUUGAACGUCUAUCAAACGGCAUUGGUGAAAUUCCUGAAUUCUCAUGGAACAAGCAAAUUGUACCUGGUUACAGGCCAAUGAUGAAAUACUACAACAACUUCGCUCAAAGACCCCAAUACUACCAGAUUCCUUACGAAUCCCAAGUCAAGGAAGUGCAACUCCUCGAGGCUUAUGAAAACAGCUUCAUUCAAAAUCUGCUACAAGGACACGUUAAGUCUUACAACCAGGACGUUGACUUCCACAACUCCAAAUCUGUUAACUUCGUUGGAAACUUCUGGCAAGCUAACGCUGACUUGUAUUCUAAAGUUGGUCCAUGGAAGCAGCCUUACUCUUAUGAAGGAAUUGCUCGUUACUUAUUGAGUGCUGCCCCUGAAUCUUUUGAAAAGUACAGGUUUGUACCAGCUGCUCUUGACUUCUACCAGACAUCUCUUCGUGACCCAGUCUUCUACCAGCUCUACAGCAAGAUCUUGAAAUACUUCAUUGACUUCAAGAACUCCCUGAUUCCAUACACCCAAGAUGUCCUCCACUACGUUGGAGUUAAGAUCAACGACGUUAAGGUCGACAAACUGGUCACCUACUUCGACUACUAUGACUUCGAAGUUACCAACGCUGUAUGCUUGACCCAAGAAGAAAUGAAGUCCAACAAAUUCCCCUUCUAUGUUGUCCGCCAACCACGUCUUAACCACAAGCCGUUCUCCGUCUCCAUUGAUGUUAAGUCUGACGUUGAAGGCGACGCCGUGUUCAAGAUCUUCCUUGGACCUAAAUACAGCAGCCAAGGUUACCCCAUCUCUCUUGAAGACAACUGGAUGAACUUCGUUGAGUUGGACUGGUUCGUGCAGAAGCUUAGCAAGGGACAAAACAAGUUUGAGCGUAAAUCCUCUGACUUCUACUACGUAAGGGAAGAUUCCGCCCCCGUUCGCGAAGUACUCAAGAUGCUCGGAGAAGGCAAAGUGCCCGUCGACAUGUCUGUCAAGCCUGGUGCUUUCCCCAAACGCCUUGUUCUGCCUAAGGGUAACAAGGGAGGUUAUCCAUUCCAGAUCUUCGUUGUUGCGUACCCCUACCAACAGGCUGCCAAGCAAGUCGAAUCCAUCAAGGUAUUCGCCAACGACAACAAGCCCUUGGGCUACCCUCUGGACCGCCCAGUCAACGAGGUCUACUUCAAGCAGCCCAACAUGUUCUUCGAGGAUGUCCACGUGUACCACGAGGGAGAACUCUACGCUUAUGAGUACAAUGUUCCUUACUACACCAUUCAUAAUAAUGAAGUUAACAAGCACUAAGAGAUUAUAGUAAUCUGGGCGAUAUAAUGGCAAUUCAAAUGUGUGUGUAAAAUAUGUAUAAAUAAAUAUUUAAUUAAUUUUUA